AUGGUGUACCUCAACCUUGCUGGGAUUCAGCUGUGCGGCGAUGUAUCGAAUCUGGAGCUUGUUGUGAAGCUUCAGCUCAAAGGCAAAGCAUGGCACAUGUUAGUGACCACGAAUUCGGACAUUUGGCAGCUGCUGAGAGAUUAUUUAAGUAACACGACGGGCCGGCUUCUUACGAUUGCAAAUCCGCUCUCUACUCGUCCAAACAUACUCAGAACUCCAGGACAAAGAUUCAAGAUCAGCUUUCAAACAUUACUUGAAAGCCCUGUCAACACUGAACAACACGGUAUCAAAAAUACUGACUCGUACCUAAGAAUCAGGCCAGAUGUCGACCAAAAUGCAGUACACCAGGGAAGCACAUCUUCGACGCCGUCGAACAAGAGCAUUGAGAGGCUCGGAACCUACAUCGAUGUUCUUCAAAUUCAUCGUCUCGAUCGCGACGUCGAGCCUGAAGAGAUCAUGAAGGCGUUGAAUGACGUGGUUGAGAGCGGAAAGGUUAGGUACAUUGGUGCCAGUACCAUGGCCACCUGGGAGUUCCAAAGACUUCAGAAUGUUGCCGAAAAGCACGGAUGGCACAAGUUCAUCUCGAUGCAGGGCUUGUACAACCUCCUCACCCGCGAGGAUGAGCGCGAAAUGAUUCCCUUCUGCAAGGCAACCGGCGUUGGCCUCAUGCCGUGGUCGCCUCUGAGCGCGGGUAUGCUCACUCACGCGUGGACAGACCGAUCUGACCCUCGUGAGAAGUCAGACGUCUUCCUCAAAGCACUGUUCCGCGGUCGCGAGGAAGCGGCCGAUGAGGCCAUUGUCGGACGUGUGGAAGAGCUUUCUAAGAAGAAAGGCAUCAGCAUGGCACAGAUUGCGAUUGCAUGGGUUCUGAGUAAGGGAACAUCUCCCAUUUGUGGUCUGGAAAGCAAGGAGCGGAUUGACCAGGCCAUUGAGGCACUGACGGUUGAAUUGACGGAGGAUGAGAUCAACUUUUUGGAGGAACCCUAUUUGCCGAAGCCUGCCUUCUUUGCGUAA